GGUUUUCAGGAAACCUGGAAGCGGCGGCGAUAGUUGGAGUCUAAACACUCUUGUGACGGUCUCCGGGUGUCCUGUGAGAGGAAAGGGGAGGAUGCCACUGGGAUCAUCUUCCUCUUCAAUGCCGCUAUCCUUCCCUUCUCCCUUACCCUCGGUACCAGACAAUAUUUCUAACUCUUCCCCUCCCCCAAUGUCUUACAUCACUUCCCAGGAGAUGAAGUGUAUUCUUCACUGGUUUGCCAGCUGGUCAGGUCCUCAGCGUGAACGUUUCCUACAGGACCUGGUAGCUAAGGCAGUACCGGGAAAAUUGCAGCCACUGCUGGAAAGUCUGGAGCAGCUUAGCGUGUCUGGAGCAAACCGACCACCUUGUAUCUUUGAGUGCCAGCUACGUCUUUGGGAUCAGUGGUUUCGAGGCUGGGCUGAGCAGGAGCGCAAUGAAUUUGUCAGGCAGCUGGAGGUCAGUGAGCCAGACUUCGUGGCAAAGUUUUACCAAGCAGUGGCUGCUACCGCUGGUAAAGACUGAUAGGCCUUAAAAUCAAAGAAGAUAACCAGAGCUGAUGGAGCCGAGGCCACAACUUUACCAUGAGAACUUCAAAUGUAUCACUUAAAGGCCUGGGGAUGGUGUCCCGAUCAGCUGACUGAACUCGCUGACCAGUACAGGCCUGGUGAUUUCAACAGCCGAUCAAC